ACUAAGAGAUUAAAUAAUAAUAAUAGUAUACAAACAGCUUACUUCACUGUCUGAGUGCAGGAGAAUUCUCAAAGUAGAAGAAACUCAAUUCAAAUAUGCGAACGAGUGUCCACAUUGGAGCACUUGGAGAGAGGAAAUGGAAUUCUUCAGCUUGUUGUCUCUAACCAAGGAAACAUUGAUUGGAAACUACUCAUUCAGAAAAUUAAAAGAAAGAAGUCAGCACAUAUUAUCCACCUUUUGAGAACACAAUAUAACGAACUUUACCAUUUUACCACUUUGAAUAGGUGACGUCACAGGGCAUUGAAGAAUGGCAGAUGAUCGGAAAGAUGAAGCAAAGGCACCUCACUGGACCUCAGCUCAACUAACAGAGGCAUCCGCCCACCCACAUCCACCUGAGAUCAAGGAUCAAGGUGGGGCAGGGGAAGGACUUGUCAGAAGCGCCAAUGGAUUCCCGUACAGGGAGGAUGAAGAGGGCGCCUUUGGAGAACAUGGGUCACAGGGCACCUAUUCAGAUACCAAAGAGAAUGGGAUCAACGGAGAACUGACUUCAGCUGACAGAGAAACACCAGAGGAGGUAUCUGCAAGGAUAGUUCAAGUAGUCACCGCCGAGGCUGUAGCAGUCCUGAAAGGUGAACAGGAGAAAGAAGCUCAGCAUAAAGACCAACCUGCAGCUCUGCCUUUAGCAGCUGAAGAGACAGCUAACCUGCCUCCUUCUCCACCCCCAUCACCAGCCUCGGAACAGACGGUCCCAGUGGAGGAAGAAGAAGAAACGCUAGAGAGUCCAAAGGCUGAGGAAGAGAAACCUGCCACUCUUCCUGAGAAAGAGUGUGGGGCUGCCAAGGCCUCAGACCAACCCAAGGGCCUCAGUGAGGGCCAAGUGGAGUCUAGUUCGGAGGCCCAAGUAGUUGCUGAAGAGAGUGCCCCCGCCGGGGCCGCACAGGAGAAAAGUGUAAAAGAGGUCACCGAGGUGUCUCCAGAAGUAAAAACCCCUUCCUCUGCCGGGGAAGGUGUACUUACAGCCUCGAAGAUGGAGUUCCAUGAUCAACAGGAAUUGACUCCCUCUCCAACCGAGCCAUUAGACAAGAAGGAAAAGGAAUCUGAGAAAGAAAGUAAGCCUGGUGAAGACCUUAAACAUGCUGCCUUAGUUUCUCAGCCUGAGACAACUAAAAUUUCCCCUGAUAAAAAAGACAUGCAAGGCGCAGAAGAAGAAAAAGAACCUCCUGCUCUCUUUGGCCAUACUCUUGGUGCCAGCCUAGAAGACAUGAAACAGAAGACAGAACCAAGCCUGGUGGUACCUGAUAUUGGCCUUCCUGCAGAGCCCCCAGCUACAAAAGAGCAAAAGGACUGGUUCAUCCAAAUGCCAAUGGAAACAAAAAAGGACGAGUGGGGUUUAGUUGCUCCAAUAUCUCCUGGCCCUCUAACACCCAUGAAGGAAAAAGAUGUACUUGAGGAUAUCCCAAAAUGGGAAGGGAAACAAUUUGAUUCUCCUAUGCCAAGUCCCUUUCAGGGUGGAAGCUUCACUCUUCCUCUAGAUGUCAUGAAGAAUGAAAUUGUUGCAGAAGCAUCACCCUUUGCCCCUGCCCUAUUACAGCCAGACGACAAAAAAUCUCUGGAAGAAACUGGUAGCCCAGCGACUGCCAAAGAUAGUUCUAAAGUUGAAGAGCCCCAUAAGGAUCAACCUGACAAAAUGGCAGAAGCACCAGCUUCAGAGACAAUUACCUCACCCAAAGAUUCUCACCUUUCAAUUGUGGAAAAGCACAUCCCAGAGAAAGUUUUAGGAGAAGAGAAAGGGGCAACGCAGCAAGAGAGUGUGCAGAUAACAGAGACUCCCACCCUUAGUGGACAAGAAUCUACACUUACUGAAAAGGAACCUCACCUAAAACUUGAAGAAAAAACAACCAUUUCUGAAAAGGAAGCUAUGCCAAAAGAGAGUGAACCCCUGAAAUUGACAGAUGAAGAAACUGGUGUAAUUCAGCCUUCCACAGAGCACACUUACUCAAAAGAAGAACAGAAAGGCCAGGAGCCUCCCACAGAUAUAUUAAAACAGGACUCAUUCCCUGUAAGUUUGGAGCAAGCAGUUACCGAUUUAGCCAUGACCUCUAAGACACUGGAAAAAGUCAUGAUUGAGCCAGCUGUACCAAGCGAAAAGAGUGCCACCCAGGAGCUUUUUGAAGAAAAAGUUGCUGACAAAGAUAUUAAGGUUGAAGGAGUUGGAGCUAUACCCUCAGCUGAGCUUGACAUGCCAUUUUAUGAAGAUAAGUCAGGAAUGUCCAAGUACUUUGAAACAUCUGCCUUGAAAGAAGAAGUGACAAAAAGUACUCAGCCAGGCAGUGAUUACUAUGAGCUAAGUGACACAAGAGAAAGUGCCCAAGAGUCUUUUGAUACCGUAUCUCCCAUGUAUAAAAAUGGCGACAAGGGACUUCCAGCAGAGAAAGAAUCCCAGCCCAGUGCUCCAGCACAGGAAGCAGGGUAUAGCACUCUCGCACAGAGUUAUCCAUCUGAUUUACCUGAAGAACCCAGUUCUCCUCAAGAAAGAAUGUUCACUAUUGAUCCAAAAGUGUAUGGGGAAAAAAGGGAUCUCCACAGUAAGAAUAAGGAUGAUUUGACACUAAGCAGGAGUUUAGGACUUGGUGGUAGGUCUGCAAUUGAACAAAGAAGCAUGUCCAUCAAUUUGCCCAUGUCUUGCCUGGAUUCUAUAGCCCUCGGAUUUAACUUUGGCCGGGGCCAUGAUCUUUCUCCUCUGGCCUCUGAUAUUCUAACCAACACUAGUGGAAGUAUGGACGAAGGAGAUGAUUACCUUCCAGCCACAACACCUGCAGUGGACAAAGCCCCUUGCUUCCCAACAGAAGGCAAAGAAGAAAAAGAACAGAUAGAAGGAGAAAAAGCUACUGGAGAGGAAAGUACCCAAGUAGAGACAACAUGUGAGUCGCCUUUCCUAGCCAAAGAUUAUUACAAAAAUGGUACUGUCAUGGCUCCUGACCUGCCUGAGAUGCUAGAUCUGGCGGGCACCAGGUCGAGAUUAGCUUCCGUGAGUGCGGAUGCCGAAGUUGCCAGGAGAAAAUCCGUCCCAUCAGAGACUGUGGUGGAGGAGAGUAGCACUGGCUUGCCCCCUGUCACUGAUGAAAACCAUGUCAUUGUUAAAACUGACAGUCAGCUCGAAGAUCUGGGCUACUGCGUUUUCAAUAAGUACACAGUCCCACUCCCAUCACCUGUUCAAGACACUGAGAAUUUAUCUGGGGAGAGUGGUUCCUUUUAUGAAGGCACUGAUGAUAAAGUGAGAAGAGAUUUGGCCACAGAUCUUUCUUUGAUUGAAGUCAAACUGGCUGCUGCCGGAAGAGUCAAAGAUGAGUUCAGUGCCGAGAAAGAAGCAGCCCCACAUAUCUCUAGUGACAAAUCAGGACUGAGUAAGGAGUUUGAUCAGGAGAGGAAAGCUAACGAUAAGCUGGAUACAGUACUAGAGAAAAGUGAAGAGCAAGCUGAUUCAAAAGAACAUGCCAAGGAAACAGAAGAGGCUGAGGAUAAAGUGGAACCUUUGGGAUUAGGAGUAACCCACGAGCAAGCUUCAGCCAAAGAACCAACAGUAUCAGAAGAUGCAUCACCUCUCCUGGCUGAGAAAGAAGAGAAAGGUCUUAGUUCAGUGCCAGAGGUUGCUGAGGUAGAACUCUCCAAAAAAGCCGAACCAGAACUGGAAUUUGCUGCAAAGAAAGCUGACCAGGGUCCAUUAGAUGUUAAAAUCAGUGACUUUGGACAGAUGGCCUCAGGGCUAAAUGUAGAGGUUGGAAAGGCAGCAGAGCUUAAGCUGGAGGCUACCCAGGACCUCAUCACCUCCUCCACAGCACCUCAGGAGGCAGAUGCCUUUAUGGGUGUUGAGUCUGGCCACGUGAAAGAAGGAACCAAAGUUAGUGAAACAGAGGUCAAGGAAAAGGUAGCCAAGCCUGACUUGGUGCACCAGGAGGCUGUAGACAAAGAAGAAUCUUAUGAGUCCAGCGGUGAGCAUGAAAGCCUCACCAUGGAAUCCUUGAAAGCUGAUGAGGGCAAGAAGGAAACUUCCCCAGAAUCUUCUCUAAUUCAAGAUGAGAUUGCUGUCAAAUUGUCUGUGGAAGUCCCCUGUGCACCUGCUGUUUCAGAGGCUGAUUUAGCUGCAGAUGAGAGAGCUGAUGUCCAGAUGGAAUUUAUUCAGCUGCCAAAAGAAGAAAGCAAAGAGACCCCAGAUAUAUCUAUCACGCCCUCCGAUGUUACAGAGCCAUUGCCUGAAGCCACUGGAGCUGAACCAGCAGAGGCUCAAAGCGAGGAAGAAGAGAUAGAAGCCCGGGGAGAAUAUGAUAAACUGCUCUUCCGCUCAGACACCCUUCAGAUUACCGACCUAGGUGUCCCAGGGGUCAGGGAGGAAUUUGUGGAGACCUGCCCAGGUGAACACAAAGGAGUAAUCGAGUCCGUUGUAACCAUCGAGGACGAUUUCAUCACUGUAGUGCAAACCACAACUGACGAAGGGGAGUCGGGGUCCCACAGCGUGCGUUUUGCAGCCCUGGAGCAGCCUGAGGUAGAAAGGAGACCGUCCCCUCGUGCCGAAGAAGAGCUUGAAGUAGAAGAGGCAGCUGAAGCCCAGGCUGAACCCAAGGAUGGCUCCCCCGAGGCUCCAGCUUCCCCUGAGAGAGAAGAAGUUGCACUCUCAGAGUAUAAAACAGAAACCUAUGACGAUUACAAAGACGAGACCACCAUUGAUGACUCCAUCAUGGAUGCUGACAGCCUCUGGGUGGACACUCAAGAUGAUGAUAGGAGCAUCAUGACAGAACAGUUAGAAACUAUUCCUAAAGAGGAGAAAGCUGACAAGGAAGCUCGGAGACCAUCUCUUGAGAAACAUAGAAAAGAAAAGCCUUUUAAAACCGGGAGAGGCAGAAUUUCCACUCCUGAAAGAAAAAUAGCUAAAAAGGAACCUAGCACAGUCUCCAGAGAUGAAGUGAGAAGGAAAAAAGCAGUUUAUAAGAAGGCUGAACUUGCUAAAAAAACAGAAGUUCAGGCCCACUCUCCCUCCAGGAAAUUCAUUUUAAAACCUGCUAUCAAAUAUACUAGACCAACUCAUCUCUCCUGUGUUAAGCGGAAAACGACAGCAGCAGCUGGUGAAUCAGCUCAGGCUCCCAGCGUAUUUAAACAGGCAAAGGACAAAGUCUCUGAUGGAGUAACCAAGAGCCCAGAAAAGCGCUCUUCUCUGCCGAGACCGUCCUCCAUUCUCCCUCCUCGCCGAGGUGUGUCAGGAGACAGAGAUGAGAAUUCCUUCUCUCUCAACAGUUCUAUCUCCUCUUUGGCACGGCGGACCACGAGGUCAGAGCCAAUUCGCAGAGCAGGAAAGAGUGGCACUUCAACACCCACUACUCCUGGCUCCACCGCCAUUACUCCUGGCACCCCACCAAGCUAUUCUUCACGCACACCAGGCACUCCUGGAACCCCUAGCUACCCCAGGACCCCACAUACACCAGGAACCCCCAAGUCUGCCAUCUUGGUGCCCAGUGAGAAGAAAGUGGCCAUUAUUCGUACACCUCCAAAAUCUCCUGCUACUCCCAAGCAGCUUCGGCUUAUUAACCAACCACUGCCAGACCUGAAGAAUGUCAAAUCCAAAAUCGGAUCAACAGACAACAUCAAAUAUCAGCCUAAAGGGGGACAGGUACAGAUCGUUACCAAGAAGAUAGACCUAAGCCACGUGACAUCCAAAUGCGGCUCUCUGAAGAACAUCCGCCACAGGCCAGGUGGUGGGCGAGUGAAAAUUGAGAGUGUGAAACUGGAUUUCAAAGAAAAGGCCCAAGCUAAAGUCGGUUCGCUUGACAACGCUCACCACGUCCCUGGAGGUGGUAACGUCAAGAUCGACAGCCAGAAGUUGAACUUCAGAGAGCAUGCGAAGGCCCGUGUGGACCAUGGGGCUGAGAUCAUUACACAGUCCCCGGGCAGGUCCAGCGUGGCCUCGCCACGACGACUCAGCAACGUCUCCUCUUCCGGAAGCAUCAACCUGCUUGAGUCCCCCCAGCUCGCCACUUUGGCUGAGGAUGUCACUGCCGCGCUCGCUAAGCAGGGCUUGUGAAUAUCUCCCAUUUAGCCUUGAAGUAAUACUAUUUAGGCAUGAGCUCUUGGCAGGAGUGGGCUCUGAGCAGGUGUUAUAUUCAUUCUUUACAAACCAUAAAAAAAAAAUCUCAUUCCCAAACUGUAGUAAUUGUUACAAUUUUAUAAAGAAAAAAGAAUAGUAUAUGCAGAAAUUGACUUGAUUUCCAUUUGCAACAGGAAGACACUGGCUUUACAUGAGUACAAUUGGACAAUUAUUUUUGCUCUGCUCUGUUUUGCAUGGAGUAUUAUGAUUUUGAAAAUUGCAUUUCUACCUUUCAUGUGCCUGAAGGCUAUCCACUACAUUCUGAAAGGCCUUGUUAAAAUCCAAGCUGCUCAUUUCACUAUUCUGUUGCUGGGUGAAAAGAUAAAAAGCUGCCCAUUGUAACUUAUUACAUGUUAAAUUAAAUCAAGGAGUCUGAUUGCAGGAAGGGAAGAGCAUGUAAGAAAUGUUUUUUUAAAGCGUUAUUUUGUAUAAAUGGGAAGAAAGAUUCAGUUAAGUUAUUAACAUUUGGGACCUGGAUAAUUAUAUCAGAGUAUAAGUCAAUCCAAUAAAUUAUUUAACUAAUUAAAAAAUAGUUGCAAAGCAUUUGAGCUGUGGUUGAGGAAGUGGUGUAAAGUGCAUCUCUUAGGAAUGAAGCACUUUCAUUAGGAUGGAAUCGUGUCUGAUUAGAAUGUCAGUUGAUCCACUAGAUUUGUGUCCACACUACCAGUUUCACGCCCCCUUUCCAUCUGUUUGAUACAGUAUUAUAGAUAUAAAUAUAUAUAUAUUUCUCUGUGGCCAUUUGUGAUACUUCCUCAUAUACUUGAAUAUAAUACUUCCUUAUUCACAGUAUCUGUGUCUCCUGCACCCUUUGGUGUUGCAAUUUUAGGUAUGUGAAAGUAGAUGUUAGCAGGGUUCCUUCCCUAUUAAAAAAAAAGUUAAAAAAGACAAAAAGUUUUAGCAUGAAGUUGCUUUCCUUAACAACUCAAAGCUGUAACCCUGUUUUAGUGCCAGAUACAAGUCUCUCCCGUGAUGCUAGAAAAAAUUAUUUUUCUUUGCUUUCACCAACAUGGAGUUUGUGGGGGUAGAUCCAGUUAUACAUAAAAGGAUUUACAGAUUAUUGGUUCAGGAUUAUGAAUUUAUCUUAAUUUGAAUCACAGAAUAGUUUGGGUUUUAUUCCUGUAACCAUUCAUGAACCAGACUUCUUAGGAUUUCUUUUUUCUCUUUUUUUUUUCCAUUUGCUAAAGUUGAAACUAGCAGUGAGAAUUUGGGACACGUUAUCCCAUUCUUCCAAAUAGUACCUGUUUAUUAAAUUAUCUGAUAGAAAAUGUUUGGCUUCCUUACCCCAAGAUAAGAUCCCUUGAUCAGAAGAGGAAAAUCUGGUAUUUUGAGAAGCUAUAGCUAUAAAACAUUGGAGAUACAGAUAUCUAAAUCAGUUUUUUUCAGGACCCCAAUAUUUCACUCUCUAAAGCUACGCUGUGUUAGUUACUAUUAUUGAUCAGUAGGUAAUACUGUUCUGACUUUAUAUACAGUCUAGAAAUCACAAAUCAAUUAAUUCUUCCCACGAAUCAUUCGUCUUAGAUUUAUGAAUAAGCAAUGAAGUCGUCAAUAGCCUGAAUAAGGCAAUGAGUUACCAGGCUGGAUGGAUGCUUUUUAGUAUCUUCUCUGUUCUUUUUCUUGCUCAGGGCUGGUAGGCUGGAUCUAAACAGUUAAAAGCAAAUGGUCCAGUAGGCAUUUGAUCCCUUUGAGUGAAGUCAGUUCUCAAAUAUAAAGGAGGAAAUGAUGAACAUGGACUGAGGCAACAAGCUAGUAUAGUAGCAUCUAAGAAAGAAGCCAAGCGAUGCAAAGAGAGACGUGGGUGCCAUUUUGGAUUCCAGUGGAUACUGCAACCAAUGUGUGACGUCCAUGAAAGAAACUAGGAGCAAAAAAGCAACAUUCGUUCUCUCAACGAAGAAGUUUUACUUAGGCAAGCAUUUCUGAAACUAUUUCUAGAUCAGUUGUUUUAUAGGACUUUCAAAACCUUAGAAAUAACUUAUAAGGACUAUGGAUAUGUCUGUUUUCUGCCUAAUAAUUGCUGUGAGAUUUGAUUUGAUCAAUCUGGGCAUUUUAUUCAUCAGCUUCCCCUGAAAUGCACCAGAAAAUAGGAGAAGAAAGAAUAGCUGUGUGGCGACUUAGGGUAUUUUCUUAUGUGCUUGAUAGUGUUAGGUAGUGAUUAAAACUCUAGAAAGAAGUUAACAGCUGGUUAGAAAGUUUUAACCUGUGAAACAAGCAUUUUUUUUUAAUCUAGUUUAAAAUUUUUAUAAAUGCUAAGAAUAAGAAAAUGCGGCCUACAUAUUAAAAUUGUUUCUUACAAAUACAUGUCUAAAAUAAAAAUUAUAUAAAGCACCAAGUUAUUAGAUUUGGCAUCAAAACAAAUGUUUUCUUCAAUUCACAACAAACUAUAAGAAAUAAAUGCCCUUGCUUGGUAUGGAAAUGCAAUUCUUUAAGGAAAGUUAGCAAAAUGAAACCAUACUUUGUACCAGUAAAAGAGAGAAACACAGGCUAAAUGUCUUCUUCUGGGGCUAAGGGGUAGAACCCAUCUUGCUUUUACUCUCAAGACUAACUACACAAAUUAAGCUUCUUGAACACCACUUUUGUGGGGGCAUCCAUACGCUGAUCUAGAAAUUAAAGCUUCAUAGUUCCAAUUCUAGAUCUCUUAAUGCCAGUUUCUCUCUGGCUUUAGCCUUUGAGAACCUGUUUAAGGAUACAUAAGCAAUCCAGAGCUGUGAAGAGUUCAAAGGCCAACUCACUCUCUCUGGGUCACCUGCAACCAAUAAUUGGGUACCUUACAAUGAUGCAGGACAGAUCCGAGUCCAUGAUGAGUUUUCAAAGGCCGUGUUCAUUUAGGAACCAACUCUCUCUGGAUUCUCCUGCUGAGUUCCAGCAGGGUGAUGGGCCGAAAUCCUACCCACACGAAAGACACCUGUGUAACACCAACUAGGUAUAGCUGAAGAAGGCUGAAGGGAGAACUUGGUUAAAUGGAAGAAUGUACUGAUGGUAGCUGGCGUUCUCCACACACUCAUAAAGUUAUACAGCAGGAAAUGGGAUCAUCAGCCAAAAUACAACAUCAUGUCAAUAUUAUUAAAGAAAUAAUCUCUGUGGUUGAUUCUGCCAUAGCUGCAAUCACAGUAUUUUCUCCUAUUUUUCACACUACACAAAGGAGGAAGAAAAACUAUUCAUGGUCUAAGUAGCCAGAAAAGAUAGAUUCAUGGCUUGGAAAGGCAAAUUCUAGGCAUUCCUUCAAAGACUGAUGCAUUAAAAUCAGCAUUGAUUUUUUUUUUUUUUUUACACCUAGGAUUUUUUAGCCUGGAAGGUAGGUUGAAGCCAAGUCCCUCUGCAGGAAAAACCUUAUUUUUAAACUCAGAAAAUGGCAAUCAUGAAAAUCUACUUCAACUUUAGCAAAAAGAAAAAAAAUCAACAAAAAAUAUACUCUGUAUGCUGGGAUUCCAAGGUUCCAACAUGCCGCUACAAAUCUGUGGGGGGGUUCUUUCUUCUGAUACUUCUAGAGCCUGUUACCAUAGAAAGGCAUUUCUUCAAUGGCUGGUUGUAGUUAGUUCAUGUUUUUCAAUCAAAAUUUGCAAAUGUAUUUGUUGCUGUAUAGUGAUUGUUUUGCAAAAUAAAAUUGCUUGUCACCUAA